AUGGCGGACACGUCUACGUGCUUGGAGCUGUUGAAUGAGGCAUCUACCUUUGGACUGAUGGAUGAAAUUCAGGUGGAAAGCAGCAGUGAGAUUGCAGUGAACAUGAGCCUUAAUGAAAACUUUUCCAACAUCAGGAGUCUCCAGGCAACCACCAUGGUGUACAAGCAGCAGGCAUCAGCGAGUGUAUGCACUCUGGGUCGGCGUCUGCGCGAGCAGGAGGAGGACUUUGCGGGGAAAGCGGAGAAUUAUCAACGAGAGAUCCGGCACCUGCAGAGCCAACUCAGAGACAGACAGGAACAACUGCACGGAGCUCUGCAGCAGAAGAGAGAGGUAGAAGGUGAAUUGGAGGUGGUUUGGGAGGCAGCGACCAGAGAGAGUCAGCGCUUGAAAGAGGUGGUGUUAGGGAGCAGUUCGCUGAGUCCAGCCAACGUGGCUCCAGCCCUACACAGAACUUCCGGCCAGAAUCCUGCCAGGAUCUCUCGUGUAGAGGAUCAUUUGUCCUGCUCGCUGCCCCCACCCUUCACCUCCAGACAGUGCCGUCUGCCACAUCCUUUACAGCGCAGCCCCAUGUUUGACUCCGACUCCGACCAGCAGCAGAAUCUGUCAUCUGAUGAAAGUGACAAGAGUGGACGGGACUCCUAAUAUUUCCAUAUCCUCCUUAACAAGUGUUUUGAGUUCAUGGAUUCAUUUACCUGAAUGCUUAAGGUGUUUUUAUGUAAAAAAUAUUUUUUUUAAACACGAGGCCCUUAAAUACAUAACCUUUCUCUUGUCUUAACUAUGACAAAUGUGCUUUGAUGUUUGUUUUCCACAUAUAUAACAGUGUAACUCAAUUGCUAAUAAUGAUUAUCCUGUAGAUGGAGAACGUUACAGCAUUUAUUCGGCUGUUGAGCUCAUUUCAGAAAGCAUUUGUGACAGAGCAGUUCCAGCAGUGAAUACACACAAUAGCAUAGAAAAUUAUAUUACACAAGCCACAUGAUGAAUGACAGAGCAACAGAGAUCUCUCUCUCAUUCUAUCUAGGAUGAAGGCCUUGCACAAAAGAUUGCACUAAGGAUAUCCCUUAUAAUUUUCUUUAAUAAGGACAAAAUAUGGGAUACCAUAAUUUAAUUAGCAUCCUGUUUGUGUAUUUUUGCACUAGUGCAGAAUU